CAGACAGGAGCAGGUGUCUGCAGUGAUCAGGACUUUCAGGGUGUGCAGAGGAGUCCCGUGGUCUCCAUGGGGCUGCUGAGCGGGGAUGCACUGUUGCCUGUGGCUGUGGCUGUAGCCGUCUUCCUGCUCCUGGUGGACCUGAUGCACCGGCGCCAACGCUGGGCUGCUCGCUACCCGCCAGGCCCCAUGCCAGUGCCCGGGCUGGGCAACCUGCUGCAGCUGGACUUCCAGGACCUGCCAUACUCCUUCUACAAGUUGCGGAACCGCUUCGGGGACGUGUUCAGCCUCCAGCUGGCCUGGACUCCAGUGGUUGUUGUCAGUGGGCCAGCGGCUGUGCGGGAGGCCCUGGUGAAACACAGCGAGGACACCGCAGACAGGCCCCCGAUGCCCACCCAUGAACGCUUAGGCUUUAGACCACACACCCAAGGGAUAGCCCUGGCGCACUACGGACCCGCCUGGCGUGAGCAGCGCCGCUUCUCCGUGUCCACCUUGCGCAACUUCGGCCUGGGCAAGAAAUCGCUGGAGCAGUGGGUGACUGAGGAGGCCGCCUGCCUCUGUGCCGCCUUUGCCAAACAGGACGGCCAUGCUUUUAGCCCCAACACUCUGCUGAACAAAGCAGUGUGCAACGUGAUCUCCUCCCUCGUCUAUGGGCGCCGCUUCGAGUAUGAUGACCCGCUCUUGGUCAGGACCCUGGACCUGCUGGAGGCACUUCUGGAAGAGGAGUCUGGCUUGGUGACUCAGGUCCUGAACGUGUUCCCUUGGCUGCUGUACAUCCCGGGGUUAGUUGAGAAGAUUUUUUCUGGACACAUGGCAUUGAGUGUCCUCCUGGGUACACUGAUAACCGAGCACAGGACGACCUGGGAUCCGGCACAGCCACCCCGAGACCUGACGGAUGCCUUCCUGGCCGAGAUAGAGAAGGCCAAGGGGAACCCUGCGAGCAGCUUCAACGAUGAGAACCUGUGCUGUGUGGCAUCUGACCUGUUUGCUGCGGGGACGGUGACAACGUCCCGCACACUGUCCUGGGCCCUGCUCCUCAUGGUCCUGCACCCGGAUGUGCAGCGCCGAGUCCACCAGGAGAUCGAUGAAGUGAUCGGGCAGGGGCGGCGCCCAGAGAUGGGGGACCAGGCCCGCCUGCCCUUCACCAACGCCGUGAUUCACGAGGUGCAGCGCUUUCGGCACAUCGGCCCGUUGGGUACACCCCACAUGACGAUCCGAGACAUUGAGGUGCAGGGCUUCCUCAUCCCCAAGGGGACCACGCUCAUCACCAACCUGUCUUCUGUGCUGAAUGAUGAGGCCAUCUGGGAGAAGCCCUACUGCUUCCACCCUGGACACUUCCUGGACGCCCAGGGCAACUUCAUGAAGCACGAGGGCUUCAUUCCAUUCUCAGCAGGGCAUCGCGCCUGCCUCGGGGAGCCCUUGGCCCGCAUGGAGCUCUUCCUCUUCUUCACCAGCCUACUGCAGCACUUCAGCUUCUCGGUGCCCGAGGGACAGGCACAGCCCAGCGACUGUGGUGUCUUUGGAAUUCUGUUGACCCCACGCCCGUACCAACUCUGUGCUGUGUCCCGCUAAAGGGACAUCCCACACAACCAGGCAGGACCUUGUAGCACUAAUCCAGGUUCAGAUGGCCUGGGUGCUCCCUGAGCUCCUUAAGUAGCAGCCAUGCUGGGGAAGGAGGGCCCCAGGCCUACCUUGGGGAUGAGGAAGCCUUGUACUUGAGUGUCACGGGAAGUCAGGGGGGUGUACAUUGAUAAGGGGCAUCCGUCACCAGCAUCCACUCCCAGAUCUCUUCAUCUGCACCAAGCACCCAACCUGGCCCCUGCUGGAAACCUACAUGCACAAUAAACUAGGCUUGUGUCCACCGCUUGA